AACUGUGGCGCGCAGGGCGUGAAGGUGCCUCAGCGCUGAAGGGGUAGCGCGGGGCUCUCACCCUGCAGGGCCUGUCCCCGCAACCAACGGGGGCCCGAGCCGGCCCCCCAGGAGUGGGGCUACGAGCGGCGAGCAGGGCUCGGGGGCGGGCCCAGCGCAGCCCGCGCGUCGUCCCCGGGAGGAGCAGGCGGCGGAGGCUGCAGCUGGGCCCCGCGCCCGCCCUGCCCCCCGCACGUCCGGGGGAAGCCGCGCUCUGCGGCCCAACGUCGGCGGCGCAGUAGCUCCUGGGCUGGGGCGGCGGCGGCGCGUCCCGGGCGUGGGGGGGCGCAGCAGGAUGGCAGCGGUGACCCAGUGCAAGAUACCCAAGGAAGUGGCUGACAUUUUUAAUUCCCCCAGCGAUGACGAGGAUUUUCUUGGUUUUGGAGAUGAUGCUCCCAUGCAAACCUUGUCAUCAGAAGACAGCUCUGAUAGUUUUGAUUCAUUGGAGUCAGCAAAAAAGGAUGUUCGAUUUCAAUCCAAGUACCUGACUGAGGAACUGAGGAGAAUUUUCACUGAAGACACUGAUUCAGAAAGUGAAGUGUUUGAAGGCUUUGCUCCAAGUGACCUGGAUGUAAACAAUGCGAAUGGAAUGAUGCCAGUGGAGUCAGAUUUAAGUGAUGGAGAGAACAAUAAUUUCUCUUUACUGGGUAGUGAGGAGGAGGAGGAGGAAGAAGAGAAGGCUUCCCCCAAGAGAAGAAGCUUUGGUCUUCGUGUGGCAUUUCAGUUCCCCACAAGAAAGUCUGCCAAGAAGGUGGUGCCUGAACCAACUUUUUCCAAGCUACACUUGCAAGACAAUAACCCCCCUAAAACUCUCACAAGAGAGAAAAGCAGCAAGCGAUGGGAGAAACUAGAGGGGUCUGCCUCAGAGUCUGAGGAGGAUGUCAAAGAGACUCGUGAAGAAAGCUCCAGUGCCCUGCUUAAAAGAGCCAUAAACAUCAAAGAAAAUAAAGCCAUGCUUGCCCAGUUGUUAGCAGAACUGAAUUCUAUACCUGAACUGUUUCCAGUGAAAACAGCCACCUCAACUCCUUCUAAACAGAAGAAAACCCCAAGGAGAACAUUUUCUGAAGGCCAGAUAGAGCGUCGUACAAACCCAACCAGAAAUGCUCGUCCACCAGAGAAAUUUGCCUUGGAAAACUUCACUGUGUCUGCGGCUAAAUUUGCAGAACACUUUCAUAAUUACAGACAACAAAAUCUCCUAAUAAAGAAGAGACUCAGUGGGGGUGACUGUGGAGUGCGCAAAAGAAGGAGGUCAUCUAAAUACUCAUCUUACCGUCCUGUUGAAGAUAUUACUGAUGAGGACUUGGAGAAUAUUGCAAUUACAGUUAAAGAUAAAAUCUAUGAUAAAGUCCUGGGUAGUACGUGCCACCAGUGUCGGCAGAAGACAAUUGAUACUAAGACAGUCUGUCGUAAUCAAGGGUGCGGGGGUGUGAGAGGACAGUUCUGUGGACCGUGUCUUCGUAAUCGAUAUGGUGAAGAUGUGAAAUCGGCACUUCUGGAUCCAGAUUGGAUUUGCCCUCCUUGUCGUGGUGUCUGUAACUGCAGUUACUGUCGCAAGCGUGAUGGCCGCUGUGCCACAGGAAUGCUCAUCCACUUGGCAAAAUUUUAUGGUUAUGACAAUGUUAAAGAAUAUCUUGAAAGUUUACAAAAGCAACUGAGUGAAGACAAUUGAAGAUGCUGAGCACAGCUGCCUGACCUGCAGACAAGUUUUUUGUUUUUUUUUUUUACUUCAGGGUUUAAAAAUUUUUAUUACAAUGAUGUUUAUACAAGAUAGAAUUGUAGAAUAUAGAUUUGGAUUUUUUUUUUAACUGAUUGGUCUUUACUAAAACAUUUCCUGAGAAAUCUUUGUAUGAGGAAUCUGUAUACAGAUGUCUAUGCAUAAAAGAAUAUUCUGCAUGUAGAGCAGAACAGCACUUUUAAAACUUCAGUGGUUAAUUUUCCGUGGGGCUACAGAACCAAGUAGGUGCUUAACUCCACAGGCUGUGAAGGGAAUUGUGUAGCACUAAAAAUUUAAUGAGUGGGGGGAGGAGGGUGAGAAUUUAAUACUUUUUUGGCCUAAGCAAACUAUUAAAGAGCCAAAGUAACUGCAUACCUCAAUUUGUGGGCAAAAGUAAGUUUUGCCCCUGAAAAGAUAGGAGGGAGUCCUUUUGAAAACUUUAUUGAAGUUCAGUUCUUGUAUGUGCAGUUUACCAUCCAACUCUUCCUCUUUUUACCCUCAACCAUGAGAACUUGUAAGUGCAAGGGGUGUUUCGUGGAAACAUUUUGUUUUUAAAAAGUAGUUGGUUCAGCAGUGAUGCACCUGCGAUCAGAGUGAUAUUGACCCUUUUAAUUUUACAGUGCUAAGUUUUUUUUGUUUUUUUUUUAAUUCCUACCUGUCUGCUUAGCUAAAGGCAGGCUUUACAAACCACACUUUUAAAAAAUCCCCUAUUACUACAGCCUCAGAUUAUCAAAAUUUGUGUAAAAUAUUGGAUGUUUUACUCUGUGUUGAGAUAAUAAAGCAUUUUCAAUAGA